AUGGCAACGAAGUCUAGUGGUUUUGUCCUUGCCUCUGCCCUUUGCUUCUUGUCCCUCCUCGGCUUCGCUUACUGCGCCGAUAACCUCAGUGUGGAUGGCCUUGUUUACUGUGACAGCUGCCGUAUCCAGUUUAUGACCAGGAUCAGUGAGCCCCUUCAAGGUGCAAAGGUGAAGUUGGAAUGCAGAGACCGGGAAGGCGGGACCAUAACCCUGAGCAGCGAGACAGAGACUGAUGAGCAAGGAAGGUACCAAAUUCCGGUGGAAGGAGACCACGAAGAGGAGGUUUGCCAGGUGGUAUUGGUGAAGAGCCCCAGAGAUGACUGCAGCGAGAUUAGCACUGACUCUCAUGCAAAGUUGAGCGCGAGGAUCAGCCUCACAAACAACAAUGGCAUCGCCGGACCCCAUCGCAUUCCAAACCCUCUUGGUUUCCUCAAGACGGAACCCGACGCUCAGUGCGCUGAGGUCCUCAAGGAGCUUGGCCUAACCCCAGAAGGCGACCUUGCAUAA